AUGUUCAUUACCACUGUAUCCCAAAAGGCUGAGUCUGCUUAUACUGAAGCUGGGAGGAUUCCAGAAGAGGUACUAAUUGCCUCCUUGCUUCCCUUUCUUUCUGCCUAUGUAGGGGAGGAGAAAGACAUUGAAGCAUACUCAGAGUCACUUAAGAGAUGCCUUAAACUGGGGAAGAAGAGUGGGUUUGCAGAAGGAAUUGGUGUUGGUUUUACAUAUGGACUACUCUUUUGUGCUUGGCAGCAAGUGCAGUCAACCAGGCCAUCUGGCUUAGGAAGCAACAAAAUACUAGAUACCUUGACAAAAUUGUCCACCAUUCGUGAUGUUGACAAAAUCAUUUUCCUGAAGAAUGGUCAAGUUGUUGACAGUGGGAGCCAUUUAGACUUAAUAUCUAACCCAAAAUUGCAACGGGAAGCAGCUGUACUUGGGUCAAUUGUUGCAGUUGUUGCUGGCAUGGAAGCUCCUAUGUUUGCACUUGGGAUCAAUGUCUUGACUUCAUUUUGUAGUCCUCAUGAAUCCUUGAUCAAACAAGAGGUUGUAGUUCUUAUAUUUGUUGCAGUGGCUAUUGUCACCAUUCCUAUAUACUUGUUGCAACCAUUUUAUACAUUGAUGGAAGAGCAUCUCACCCCCAAGCUCAAACUCUUUCUUGUCUCAUUUGCAGCUAUACUUAAUGAGAUUGGCUGGUUUGAUCUGGAUGAGAAUAGCACUGGCAUACCGACUUCAAGAUUAGCUGCAGAUGAAAACUUACUAAAUGGUGCUCUGGCUGAUUGUUUAUCAACAGUAGUUCAGAAUGUAGCACUCACUGCAACAGCAUUCAUUAUUGUCUUCACGUUAAGCUGGCGUAUAACAGCUAUCACCAUUGCCUCCUUCCCCCUUCUAAUUGGAGCUUCACUCCUCAUGGUAUUUUUUCUGAAAAGGAUUUUAGGAGAUUAUGGUCAUGCUUAUUUAGGAGCAUCGACCAUGGCUCACGAAGCAAUUGCCAAUAUGCAUACUGUUGCUGCAUUUGGUAUAGAAGACUGGAGGUCAAUCCAAUUUACCUCUGAGUUAAACAGGCUAAAUAAGCAAGCAUUUCUUCAGGGCUAUAUUGCAGGUUUUGGAUAUGGUGCAUCUCAUGUUUGCCUUCUGUGCCUAUACACUGACUCUAACUUUGGAGACACCAUCAAGUCCUUCAUGGUCUUGAUAAUCACUGCACUUGCUCUUACUCCUAAUAUUGAAGGAACGCAAGUAUUUGAGUCAGUUCUUGGUAUUCUCAAAAAAAAAAAAAAAACUUCUACAUAAGCUAAUAAUCCCACAUCGAAAGCGGUAUCUCAUAUCAAAGGAGAUGCAGAAUUCCGGGAAGUAAGCUUCGUGUACCCCAUGAGACCUGAUAUCACCAUAUUUGAGAAUUCAAGUCUGAAAGUAUCAUCUGGUAAAAGUUCUGAGAUUGAACUAGUUAUGCAAUUUUAUGAUACCAUUUCUGGAAUGGUCUUGAUUGAUGGGUGUGAUAUCAAAAACUUGAACUUGAGAUCAUUGAGGAUGGAGAUAGGUCUUCAACAGGAAAGAGUGACAAAUAAUUCCCAAAUGAUUGCCUUGCACAUUAAGGAUCUUUCCAUUCUCAGCAAUAUUUUCACAGCAUAUUGA